AUGGGAAAAGAGAAAUUCCACAAAUCUCAACAUUGGGGCUUUUGCAAAAAUGUUAGGAUGCUGGUGAGUGAAGAUAAACCAGGAAUAGGUGGAGAACUGCUUCUCGGACAAAAGAUAAAGCCCAAACAUAGUGUAUUUCCUAAAGGAAUGGGAACUGAUUCACCAUCCUGGGUGGCUUUUGAUAAACAGGUAUUAUCUUUUGAUGCCUAUUUAGAAGAUGAAGUGCCUGAUAAAAUUCAAGAAAACUAUAGAAUAAGAUGCUAUAAAAUCUACUUCUACCUUGAAGAUGACACAAUUCAAGUAAAUGAACCAGCAUUGAAAAAUAGCGGACUGCCUCAGGGAAUUUUUAUCCGGCGUCAUCGGAUUUCUCUCCCGCCUCCUGAUGAGGAUCAGUUUUAUACUGUGCAUCAUUUUAACAUCAACAUAGACAUUGUCUUUUAUGGUCGGACAUUCAAGAUUUACGACUGUGAUACAUUCACAAAAAACUUAUUGAAGAAAAUAGGAGUCAGAUUAAACCCUCCAGGACAGUGUCCAGAAGAUCCUUACCUGAAGACACAGAGAGAGAAGCUAGACUGCAUGGAACCCUUACGUCCCUAUGAGUCCUUUGACACUCUGAAACAGUUCCUUGAGUAUGAUAGGAAGGUUUUGCGUUUCUUCUGCCUGUGGGACGACUCAGGCUCAGUGUUUGGGGACCAUAGAGAACUCAUCCUGCAUUACUUUCUGUCUGAUGAUACCAUCGAAAUCAAAAGAGUAUUGCCACAUAACUCAGGAAGAGAUGCUACGUCAUUGUUCCUCCAGAGGAGGAAGCUACCUAAGUAUGGUCCCCCUGGAAUCUAUCAACCAGGCCAGAUAACAGACCGGACAGUUCUCAAUGGAGAUGGUGGCUUGUCAGAGAACUGAGUGUAUGGCUGCCUGUUGGAUAAAUACAAGCUAGGAAAAGUAGACCAAGAGUUUUACAGAGAGAGUGACCUGUCCAUAGGAACCACCAUCAAUGUGUGGGGAAGGAAAGUGCUCCUUUGUGACUGUGAUGAAUUCAUGAAGACUUAUUGUAAGACUAAAUAUGGAAUUGAGAACUUUACCUCGAUUUCAUGCAAGGCCCCACCUCCUCCAAAUAUAGAAAGGAAAUUUCCACGUUACACCGGCUUUGGUUCUGAAGAGGAUUCUCUCUGCUCCUGCAUAGGCCUCGUGCCCACACCUCAUCAGAGGAACUUCAAGAAGUUCAUGGAAAAUGACAGCUACAGCAACAUAAGCAAUACACUCCGUUGUUUUGCAAAACUAAUCACACACAAAUGUGCUGAUGUGGAAAGGAUGUUUGUUAUUUCAUAUUUUCUCAGUGAUGACACAAUUUCAGUGUUUGAACCUAUGGAGAGGAAUUCAGGGUAUACUGGUGGGAUGUUCUUAAAAAGAAUUUGUGUUAAGAAGCCUGGACAAGAAGUCUUUAAAAGUAAACUCUCAGAAUAUAUCAAGGCUGAGGAGCUGUAUGUUGGAGCCAAAGUGAACGUGAAUGGCUACCUAUUUCUUUUGGUCAGUGCUGAUGUGUAUACCUUAAACUACAUGGAGAGGAAUUCAGAUAAAUUUCCUAUGAGCAACAUUGAACUUGCCCUACAAAAGAUAAAACAAGAAGAAUCAAAAUCCAGAGAGCUCAAGCAGGCGUUUACAGCUGCUUAUUGCAUGCACACGAAGAUGGUGGAUUAUAAUACAUUCAGAGAAAUAAUGAUGAGUCUAACUGUCGGGAAACUCACAGGCUAAGAAGUUAUAACCAUUGCACAUCACUACCGGGUGCCUGAGGACCCCCGUCCAGAUACGAAUGUCCUAAUUGCACAGGCCCAUGAACAGCUCAAGAAAAAUACUUCUGAGAAUUUUGAAAGACUCAUUGCUACCUGUGUAUACCAAGAUUGGGAAAAGGAAAAAUUAUUACCCAGCAAAGACAUCAAAAGGCUGUGCAGGUCCUCCAGAUUACCUUUGAAUGAUGAUAUUCUGGGAUCCUUACUCUCCAGGUCUGAAGACAGUGAAAAACAAAUAAAUUACGAGUCAUUUUUCUGUGCCCUGAACUGGAGAGUGAAUCCGAUGCCCGAAUUGGAAGCAGAGGCAUUCUUGAAAGAGAAAUGUGAAGAUGAGUGGCUUGGGAUGCCAUCACCUAUUCCUGUGAAACGCAUUUACUAUUUAAACCUUUUAAAGGAUGUGUUUGGCUUAGAGGAUGAGUAA